AGACGACGAUACAGUUCGAAUCGGGCCGUCCAUCACCGCGAUACCCAUUUCAGAUUGGGCCGGCACAGAUGAGCGCGAGUUCUGACGUGUGAUAUUUGUAAUUUGAAUUUUUAUUGAGACGGCUUUGACGUGAAUGUGAUUUAUUGCGAUUAAAUGCAGGAGUAAUCUUAGAUGAUGUGUCUAUUUGAUUGCACUAAAAGUUGAUUGAAAAAUAGGAAUCGUUAUCAGUGCCCUUAUCUUUCGUCGCUUUAAACGGUUAAUUUUGUGGAGAUAGUCAUUUGAAAUCAAUACUCUAAAAAACAUGUUUCGGUAGUUCAAGUGUCGUUUCAACCAUGUUCGGUGCCUUAGCUUAUCAACUGUGUAUCAUUGCAGUCAUUGUUUCUUGCACAGCUGCUGAUCUCGAUUUUGCUAAUCACGAUGACCAGUUUACAUGUGGUCAGUUCCAGUGCAAUGCGACUACGCAGAUUUGCGUGGAUAUGAUGUCGUGUGACUGUAGAUCAGGAUUCGAGCACAACCUGGAAGAUGGCCGGUGUCAUCUAUGUCCGAGCGAAGGUCACCCAUGCGUUAACUGCUGCCUAGGAGAAUCGAUCUGCUAUCGCGGAUAUUGCCAGCGCUGCUUCAGGGAUCAGAAUGGGGAUUGCAUUUCUCAGGACUCCCUGUUCUUCCUGACCGCGGCCCAGGUCGCAUUGGCAACAGCGAUGGUAAUCGGUAUCGCUGCACUUGCCACUCUGCUGUACAAAACUUUCCGCGCCAGGUCAAGCGCAAACAGCUCCAACAAUCAACAAACCCUCUCGAGCGACCUGCAGAACCGCUCCAGCCUGAGCCGAGUGUCGCUGACCUCGAUACAAAUACGAGUCCUGCGCCGGCUACGUGACCGGCCGCCAAAGUACGAAACUCGUCACAACUACGAGUUUCACCAACGGGAGCAGCAAACGCAAACCAACCCAACGCAAUCAGAGUCGGAACCGGUCACAAUCCGGAUAGGGGACCCACCACCCGCUUACGACGAGGACGUGACCUCGAUGGUGGACUUUCCGCCACCGUAUUCGGCCGAACUGCCCCAUCCGAACGCGAGAGUCGCCACUCUGACAGCCGAGUCAACGACCAACGCGCAAGGUUCGAGGGCUGACGAACCGCAGCAGGUCGAUAGCAAUCUAGUCAGUGGUGAAACAACUUCGACACCCGAACAGUGUGCCAGCAGUGGUGGGAACGGAAGUGAAACUUGUCCGUCGGGAAUUGUGAACACGGCGUUUGUGAGCGAUGAAGAACAGAGCGGGAUGGAGGCGAAAGGCGAAGAAGGCAAUGUCGAUAUUAGUGGCAAGGGUAAUGAUUCACAGAAGGUAAUACACGUGUGAGACUGCCAAAA